UAGUCUUCUACCAAAAGAAGAAGGGGGAAAAAGGAAAAAAAACCUCAAACACAAAUAAUUACAAAUAAUUAAACCAAAAAAUCAAAUGUGGAAAAGUCGUUUUGUUUCCCACUUUUUUCUCUCUUUCUCUGCCACUGCAUCAAUGGAGUCUUCGUAAAAACCCUAGUAAUUUCAUUUACUAUUCUUCUUCUUCUUCUUCCGCCGCCUCUACUAUUUGGAGGAAUUUGACCGUAAGAGGCUUUGGAGCUUAUUUAUUUGUGUCUUCUUCUGCUGUAAGUAAUUCAAAAUAACGUUUUAUCCGUGAGGAUUAUUGCUGUUUUUUACGCAUAUUCAGGUGUUUGUUUUGCCUUUGCUAAUGACUUGUAUUGUUUAGGAUAGAAAGUUUGAUGUUUGUUGAUUUAUAGGCGGGGUGGAGUUAGUAUUUGCUUAAUUGAUCAGGUGAACUGGGGGGUUUAGGAAUUUUGCUGAGUUAAUGAUUGGAUUAUGGUUGAUUUUUCGAUUGAGUUGAUUAGGCAUUAGAAUAUGCUUGUUUUAAGUGGAAGAUAGUGAGAUAUUUGUUGUAUGUUUUGGAUUUCUUUUUUCAGGUGUAGGUGGGUAAGUUGUUCCUAUGGUUGUGGAACGUGUUGGAUUGUAUAGAUGUUUUGGUGAAUUUAAGGUAAGGUAGGAUAGGUUGCUUUUGGAAUUCUGUUGUGGUGGUGUUUUGUUUUGGCGGGAAUGGCUGAGGACGGCCUACGAAUUGGUGGGCUAUCUCCUGGGUUGGCUGUAGUGUUAAACGGUGAAGAUAGGAGAGAGGGCUCUCAAAGAAGUCGUCUUGUUUCGUACUGUGAUGAUUUUGGUGAUCAGUCUGUGGAAAGGACUCUUGAACACAUAUUUGAUCUUCCUUAUAAGACCAUUAAUCAGCUGACAUGUCCUGUAAAUACUGGAGUAGUUCGUUCUAUUAUAAAGAAUCACUUCAGGAAGUACCAUGUAGAUUUGGGGAGUGGUCGUGAUGUAAAUGGGGAUGGGGUGUGUACCACUGCUGAUGGUUGUGGUUCACAAGUUGUUGGGAUUGAAGAGUCGAGCAUUUGUGGCGAUAUUCGAAUUACUAAGCCAUCUUUGCUUUUGGAGAGUCAUGCCUUGUUCAGCAGCGUGAGGGCGAAUGCCUGUGUGUGGAAGGGGAGAUGGAUGUAUGAAGUAACACUUGAAUCUUCUGGUGUACAGCAGCUUGGUUGGGCUACUCUUUCCUGUCCUUUUUCUGAUCAUAAAGGUGUAGGGGAUGCUGAUGAUUCCUAUGCAUAUGAUGGGAAAAGGGUCUGUAAAUGGAACAAGGGAGCUGAGGCUUAUGGCCAGUCUUGGGUUGUUGGUGAUGUAAUUGGGUGUUGCAUAGAUUCGGAUCAUGACGAGAUUUCAUUUUACAGAAAUGGUGUCUCACUUGGGGUUGCAUUCAGAGGGAUUCGUAAGAUGGUUCCUGGAUUGGGAUAUCAUCCUGCAGUUUCAUUGUCUCAAGGCGAAUGUUGCGAGUUGAACUUUGGGGCAUACCCUUUUAAAUAUCCUGUUGACGGUUUUCUUCCUAUUCAGUCUCCCCCCAAAGUCAACUCCUUUGCUGUUCAUUUGCUUUGUUGCUUCUCCAGGCUGUUAGAAUUGCAGCAUGAAGCGAGGGUGGGAUUUGGGUCAGUUGAGAAAUUUAGAAGAUUGAAAAGAUUUGCGUCAUUCAAGGAACUUAAUCACCCUGUCUCUCAAGGAGUAUCUGAGGAAUUAUUUUCUUCUCUUGAUAUUGAAACUGGAAGUGCAGCAUACAUUGCAAGGGGUCCACUUUUGUCGUUCUUUUUGGAAGCCUUUAAAGUGCAUCCACCACAUGACUAUACAAAUUUGGACAGAAUAAUUGAUUGCUUCCUAGAGAUUCAGGACUCACGAAUACUUUUUGAGCAUCUUAUAUUAGCCCUUUCAUCUGCAUGCAAAACUGCUGUGUGGGUCCUUUCUGACUUUCCCUAUUCAGGAUCAUAUAUCUAUCUCGCUUUGGCAUGUCAUUUAUUAAGGAGAGAGGAACUGAUGAUUCUCUGGUGGAAGUCUGCAGAUUUUGAAUAUAUUUUUGAAGGAUUCCUAUCACGAAAGAGUCCUAACAAGCAGGAUCUUCAAUCUUUGAUGCCUUCUGUCUGGUGGCCAGGUUCAUGUGAAGACCUGUCCAGCGACAGUAGCAUGGUUCUGACGACUACAGCUUUAUCCGAAGCCAUCAAUAUGGUUGAAGAGAAACAUAGGGACCUGUGUUGCUUGGUAAUGCAAUUUAUACCACCUGGAGAUCCACCACAGCUUCCAGGCUCAGUGUUUAAGACAUUUUUGCAAAACCUUUUGCUCAAAAACAGGGGUGCAGACCGUAACUUACCGCCUCCUGGGGUUUCAAGCAACUGUGUCCUUGUUUCAUUGUAUACAGUCAUACUUCAUCUUUUAUCAGAAGCAUCCACAUUGAGGGGCAUUUGCGGUUGGAUGAAGAGCUGUGGAGCUAAUUCUGAACUUGAUGUGGGUUUUCUUCACAGGGGUGGCCAACAAAGUUUUUCUGUUGGCUUACUUUUGAAGAAUGAUCCUCAUCGAGUUGACUUUUCUAGACUUGGAGGAUCAUAUGGCCAUUUGGCUAAAUCUCAUCCUACAAAUGAUGAGCAAGAAGAAGAAGUUAUCAGGUGGGAAGAAGGUUGUAUGGAUGAUGAAGACUCUAGAGUAACACAUUUUGGUAGGCUGCAGCCGUGCUGCUGUUCGAGUUAUGACAGUGACUUUGCAAAGAUCUCAAAGCAUCCUAUUAGGUAUAUGGCCAAAAGUGCUCGCGGUCACUGCAGUUCUAUUCAAGAAAGAUCUGCUCAUGUUGCUGCAGAAUGCAGUGCUGAGAAUUUGAAUGAUGAGAUAGAAGAUAAACCUGGUACAAGUGACCAAUCUGAAUCUCAGUUUGAUUUUCGGCCUAUGCAGCAGAUGAGGAUUAUACCCCCUAGGGAUAUCAAUUUGUCUCCAGCUACAUUGAAAGAAGAAGAGCUCUUGGAUGCUAUGCUGUUGCUAUAUCAUUUGGGAGUGGCACCGAAUUUUAAGCAGGCAUCUUCUUACAUUGCUCGACAGUCACAAUCGAUAGCUCUCCUUGAAGAGACUGAUAAACAAAUUAGAGAAAAAGCUAAUGGAGAACAAGCAAAGCGUUUAAAGGAAGCUCGAAGUGUAUAUAGAGAAGAAGUUAUGGAUUGUGUCAGACAUUGUGCCUGGUAUCGCAUAUCUCUUUUUUCUCGAUGGAAGCAAAGGGGAAUGUAUGCGGCAUGCAUGUGGAUCGUUCAAUUGCUGCUUAUUCUUAGCAAAUGGGACUCUAUUUUUAUUUAUGUUCCUGAAUAUUAUUUGGAAACUCUGGUUGACUCUUUCCAUGUGCUGCGUAAGAGUGAUCCUCCUUUUGUCCAUCCUGCAAUAUUCAUGAAGCAAGGACUCGCUUCUUUUGUUACUUUCGCUGUCACCCACUUUAAUGAUCCAAGGAUAUCGAGUGCCGAGCUGAAAGAUCUUCUUCUGCAGUCUAUAUCCGUCUUGGUACAGUACAAAGAAUUUUUAGCAGUUUUUGAGCAUAAUGAAGCAGCAAUACAGAGAAUGCCCAAAGCACUAUUAUCAGCUUUUGAUAAUAGGUCCUGGGUCCCUGUAACAAAUAUUCUUGUGCGGCUUUGCAAAGGAUCCAGUUUUGGUUCUUCCAAGCGUGGUGAGUCAUCAUCAUCAGUUGUUUUCCAGAAAUUGCUGCGAGAUGCUUGUGUUCAGGAUGAAGAACUUUUUUCAGCUUUUCUCAAUCGUCUGUUUAACACCCUGAGCUGGUCAAUGACUGAAUUCUCUGUUUCAAUUCGAGAAAUGCAGGAGAACUAUCAGGUGGUGGAGUUUCAGCAGAGGAAAUGUAGUGUUAUAUUUGAUCUCUCUUGUAACCUUGCAAGGGUGUUAGAGUUCUGUACUCGUGAGAUACCCCAAGCAUUUCUUUCGGGGGCAGAUACAAAUUUGAGAAGGCUGACUGAAUUAAUUGUGUUUAUACUUAACCAAUUGACUUCGUCAGUUGAUCCAGAAUUUCUAGACCUGUCCAUUAGGCGUCCUGGUCAGUCUCCAGAGAAGGUUAAUGGUGGCAUGAUCUUAGGACCGCUGGCUGGUAUCAUUUUGAAUUUGUUGGAUGCUAGACAAGAGGCAGACUGCGGAGAUCAUAAUGACAUUGUCAAUAUAUUUGCUAGCAUGGACUGUGCUGAGACUGUCCUUCGUGGAUUCUACCUCUUAGAAUACAAUUGGGCUGGUUUGGUUAAGGGUGUUGAUGAUAUCUCAAAGCUCAAGCAGCUAGAGACCUUAUCAAGCCUGCUGAUAUGCCAGAAGGAGUCUCAAGAAUUUGAGGGGAUGGUUUGUGCCGGAGAAAGUAAUUCUGAUGACAACAUAUGCUGCAUCUGUUAUGCAUGUGAAGCAAAUGCUCAGUUCGUACCUUGUUCUCAUUCUUCUUGCUUUGGAUGCAUAACGAGGCACCUCCUUAACUGCCAGAGAUGCUUCUUUUGUAAUGCAACUGUCACAGAAGUUGUGAGAACUGAAGCAGAAGCAGCAAAUACGGCAUGAGGUCUUCCUCUCAACACUCUCUUUUUUGUUUUUUCUCAUUAGUGGUAGUUUCUUGUUGUUUCUUUUCUUUGGUUUCGGAUUGGGGCUCUUCCGUGAAGCUUCUGACUGUAUCUAAGAGGAAAAUGGUAUACCUUAUAGGUCAAACAUACUACAUUUUUAGCUUCAUCAUCGCAAGGCAGAAUUUUAUCAGUGUAUAUAGAUAGAUGGAUAGGGUUUGGAAGGAGAUUUAAAAAAAAAAAAAAAAAACAAAUCACAGGGGAUGGGAAAAUUGGGGUAGGGCUGAAGUUUUGUUAGCAGAAUUUGAGGGCAUUACAUUGUAAAUACACGAGUUUCAAUUGAAAUGAAAUCUUUCCAGCCCUCUGUGUUUGCCUGCUC